GUUUAGUCAACCUGGUGGCGCUGGACAACCAACUGUCGGCAGCGGAGAAGCUGUUAGCCGACUUCGAGGAACUCACGGUUUCGGUGCAGGGAAUCUGCAGUGCCGUCGGUCGUGUUGUUCCACGUUUACAUUCGAUUGUUUCCGUGCGUUUGCCACAUUAAAAUCUCGAUACGUGAUCAGUGCGUAAUUCCAAUAGAGAAAAUUAUUCCUUGGAAACACAAUGGUCAGCAAGGAUUCGAAAGUCGUCACCCCGGAGAUGACAAAUCCCUAUCUCAAACCACCGAGUAUGUCAACCAGCCAGUCUCUAAAGACUUUUCUUUACAACCGUGAGACGGGUGCCUUUUUAGGCAGAACAGCCAGUAGCUGGGGAAAAAUAGGAUUGUUCUAUUUGAUAUUCUACGGGGUGCUGGCUGCACUGGUUGCAAUUUGCUUCUGGGGUUUCUUUCAAACGUUAGAUCCAAGGAUACCGAGGUGGCAAUUAGAACGUUCAAUAAUCGGAACAAACCCUGGAUUAGGAUUUAGGCCACGUCCACCAAUAGAGAAUGUAGAAAGCACGUUAAUUUGGUACAGAGGAACCGAUAGCGAGAACUUCAAAUACUGGAUUGACUCUCUAGAGUCGUUUUUAGAAGAUUACAUAACGCCAGGUUCGGUUCCCGGUGUUGGUGCAAACAUUAAUAAAUGUGAUUAUAAUCAGCCGCCGCCCCCUGGGAAAGUCUGUGAUGUUGAUGUUAAAAACUGGUACCCUUGUACUAAAGAGAAUAAAUAUAAUUACCACAAAUCUGCUCCAUGUAUAUUUCUCAAACUUAACAAGAUAUAUGGUUGGAAACCAGAAUUUCACAACGACACAAAAUCGUUACCCAAAAAUAUGCCAAUCGAUCUCAAAGAGCAUAUUAACAGUUUAAAUAAUUCGCGGGAGCUUGAUACCGUUUGGGUAUCUUGUGAAGGAGAAAAUCCUGCAGACCAAGAAAACAUAGGACCACUUGAAUAUAUUCCACGAAGAGGAUUCCCUGGUUAUUUUUAUCCCUUUGAAAAUUCGGAGGGUUACCUUAGUCCGUUGAUAGCUGUUCAUUUCGUCCGACCUCGCACUGGAAUUUUAAUAAACGUAGAGUGCAAGGCAUGGGCGAGAAAUAUAAAACACAGCCGUCACGACAAAAUGGGCGUAGUCCAUUUCGAAUUGAUGAUAGAUUAACGUUGUCUAUAUACUUUUCUCUGACCUCUCCUUUGUUAGCGUACAGAAAUUCAAUGCGAAUCUCACGUUUUCUAACUCUUCCACAUAGCUGAAUACAUUUAAACCGACUCAUGAAGCCAUCAGAAAUCGAUGAUCGCUGCCAAAAUGUGGAAGAAACUUUUGUCAAGUACAAAGUUAAAAGGAUUUUUGAUGUUUGUACCAUCAAAAAUCUCACUUUUAUUAAAUUUCUACGC